AUGACAAGUGCUAAUGAACUCCCGUACGAGUUGAUCGUCAUGAUCCUCAACUAUUUCGACUAUUUGGCCGAUCUCGACACCUUCAUCUCCUUGGCCAAGACGGCUCGCCGCUAUCGCACCAUCAUGCAUGAACUUCUUUACGUUGGGCGGAAGCUAAGCCCCGAAGAACCAAGAGUGUCAUACGCUCUGGAUGCGUUGUUGUGGGCGGCGAAGAAUGGCGGGAUGGAGACACUAGAGAUGGUCCUCCAGACAGCAAACGAACUCGAUCUAGACGCCCCUCUCCAUGGCAUCAGAAGGCGCCGCUCCCCACAGAGUGGUACCACGAACGAAGAAGAGCCCGAGAAGAUGCCCGCACUGCACUGGGCUGCGAGAUUCGGCCAUAGAAAUGUUAUACUCAGACUGCUCGAAGAGGGUGCGAACGUCAACGCCUUGGCGCCAGCCAGCCUCGCGCUCGACGAAUGGGUUGGAUUUGCCAGAACUGAUGCAUUCCUCUUGGAGGAAAUUCUUGACGAGGAAAAAUCUCUAUCCUGGAGGCCACUGUACGAAGCAAUCCGAUCCGGUGAAUCGGAGACUGUCGAACUCCUUCUGGACAAGGGAGCAAGCCGCUUCGUAUCCAAUGGCAAGGACGGAGCUCGUCCAGAUAUUAGGGAUUUGGAAGCGGCAGCAGCACACCAUCAACUUGAGAUCAUCAAGAUUCUCGUCCGCAAGUUUGGUCAGCGCAGUCUCAAUGAGCACCAGUCAGGGCCCAUCCGCCAUGUGAUCCUGCAGCUUGCACUGAUGGGCCCUGACUCGAGGAAAAAGGAUUCGAAUCUCCUGGAAUGCCUGGCUGAGCUGAUCAAGCAAGGAGCCGACAUUAAUGCCCGAGGUGUGUACAAUUUGACACCGCUCGGUCUGGCCUGCUUCAGAGGCCAAGUCUCUGCUGCUCUUCUCUUGUUACAGUUGGGCUCGACUCUCACCAUGAGAAGUGUGACAUUCUUCCACGGUAUGGAUUACUUGCACCUUUGUGCACUGGGUUUCAUGAAAGAGGCUCGGACCUCGGAAGAGGCUCGAGCAGAAUACUCCGAGUUGAUCUCGAAGCUCAUUGCCAAACGCGCAAACGUGCAUGCUCGACUGGAUAUUUUUCCUGGUAGACGGCCUGCUAAUGGCCCCCCGCAUCUUGACGAGGGGUACACGCCGUUACAUCUAGCAAUCUAUAAAGAGGACUGGCAGCUGGCCCGGGAGCUUCUCAAGCAUGGUGCAAAGUUUGUCUCCAAGCAGAAUAUCCCCGCCCACGCGUUGCCCGACAUUUUCAAAGAGGGAGCCAUUCGGGACUAG